AUGGCCGAAAUCGAUAGAAUAAGCAAUUUACCUGAUGAAUUAAUAAGCGAAAUAGUCUCUCGCCUUUCCGUAGAAGAGGCGGCUACUACCUGUGUAUCAUCAAAGAGAUGGCGGGAUGUCUUUGCCUUGAUUACCCGGCUCGAGUUUGAUCAUUCGUGUGAGUAUACACUUGAACAACAUAACAAAUUUGUUGACAACGCGUUGCGUGCUUGCAGAUCUGAAAGAAUAACUAUGUUUAGACUCAGAAUUCUCAUUAAUCAAUCUUAUGUUCCUAUGGAAUAUAAGCGUGUUAAUCAUUGGAUGUCGUUUGCUUUAAGCCGCGGAGUCAAGCAUCUUGAAGUUGUUGCCUUUUUGAUUGAUCACGAUAAGCUACCAUUAGCCCUUUUCGAGUGUCAAACAUUGGAGACAUUAACACUAGUAUUGAAUGUUAAUUUUGAAGUUCCCUCGACUUAUAAUUUGCCAAACUUGAAAGUGUUGUGCCUGCAUUUUGCUUCUUUCCGUGAUGAAGAUUUUAUAACUAGGCUAGUUUCGAGGAGUCCAUUACUCGAACGCCUAGAUUUAUUAGGAAUAAGGGAAUGUUUUCAACAUAUCAAUGAUGUUAUUUCUGCACCUUUUCUUACUACAUUAUAUAUAAAUCUUUUAAUGUUCCGUGAAAAUCAGAGAAAUACAAGUAAGUUACUUCUUGAUGCUCCUAAUUUGAAGUAUCUAGACUAUUCUUUAAGCUUGGAAUCACAAUAUUGUAUUGGAGAUUUGAAUUCACUCGUUGGAGCUAAGUUAAAUAUGCCCUUGAACGAGGUUAGGCUUUUCAGAUCAAUGUCCAAUGUUCGACGUCUACAUCUAGGUUCAACGUGCAUGAAGCUUAAUUGUGCCUGGAGUCAUUCCUAUCACCAAGUAGUGUUGGAGAUGCUUCAUGCUUCACCUGUUCUAGAAACAAUUUUCUUUGAGGAUUUGAACAAUAAAUGUAAUAAGGUCGAACGUUUGCAAGAAGUUGAUAAUUUGAAUAAAAGUGAAGCGAUCCCUUUUUGUUUGGAGUCACACCUCAAAAGAAUUGAGAUAAACAUAUACAGUCCUUGGUCUAAUUUGGAGCAAGCAAUGGUUAAAUAUUUUCUGAGAUGGUCAUUAGUUUUGGAGGAAUUGGUUAUAACUUACCCUAAUAUGUAUACACUAGCCGAAAGGAUAUUGCUCGAAAGGGAAGUACAGAGGCUACCAAAAGGCUCAUCAAAUUAUUCAAUCAAGGUGCAGUCAAGUUCAUGCAAUCCAGCUUAUUGA